AUGGCGACGCUCUCUGGCGCAGAGCGCAUCCGCGCCAUCACAGACGAGGACGGCAUGUUCAAGGCCUUCGACACGUACCCCUGGAAGAAGGACAAGGCGUUCAUGUCCGGCCUAAACGCAAUCCUCGGCGACCCAAACAUCGAAAACCCCCAGGGCAGCCCCUCCGACCUCGCCGUCCAUGCCCGGGUCUUCUACUACGCCCAGCGCAUCGGCGUCACCAUCGACUUCGCGCGGUACAAGGACUGGCUCGCGAGGCACCCGGGCUAUACGCCUCCCGACAUUCUGCCCGAGGAAUACAAGUCACAGAACACACAAGGCACCGCCACCACUCCCACAACAGCAGGCAGCAGCGACGUCCCGGACCUGACCUCGAAACUCAGCGGCUUGAGCACUGGCAAGGUAAAGGAAGAGUCCGCCGCCGCUGCCGGACCGGCGCCAUCGUGGCAAGCAGCCGCCCCAAAAGCAGACCUCUACGUCGAGCGCAAACCACCCUCUCAAGCAGACGCCCCAGGCGAAGGGGGCGAUGAGCCCGCGUACCCGAUGGGCUUCGCGCAGAUGCUUGAGAUGAUCCAAAAGGGCAUCCCGAUCCCUGGCAUCAGACAGAUCCCGGACACGGUCGUCAGAGACGCGUCUGUCAAACCGUUUGGGAAACGUGCGGUGCCAAAGAAACCUUGGGAGAAGGAUUUACCGGCUCCAGAAACCGCCACGGACGCGGCCGUGACGCCUUCCGUGGUUGAUGCCGAAUUUCCGCCAUUGGACGAGGUAGCAGCACCUGUGGCCGAAGCUGCAACUAAAGAGACGUGA